AUGGGAUUACUCUCGAACAAGAUCUGCAGAGAUGAUCUGAAACCAGGAGAUCACAUCUAUACAUGGCGUACCGCUUAUACCUACUCACAUCACGGAAUCUAUGUAGGUGAUGGGGAAGUCAUCCAUUUUACCCGUCGAGGUGAUCUAGAGACCAAAACCGGAGCUUUCUUGGACAAGAUCGAGGAAGCCAUACAUUUCACUCGUCCAAGUGUUCCACAGACCCGAACGGGAAGUUUCUUGAACAAGAUCGGGGAGCUCAUACAUUUCACUCGUGGAGGUGUUCUAGAGACCCGAGUGGGAACUUUCUUGGACAAGAUCACUAGUAUUUCAAUUCCCAGUCAUGGAGGAGGCAACUAUCCGUGUCUUAUUUGUGGAGAUCAAUCCAAUCUCGAUGGUGUGAUCUCUUCUUGUCUUGAUUGUUUCCUCUCCGGAGGAAACCUUCAUCUUUACGAAUACGGUGUAUCUAAGGCUAUCCAUAUGGCAAACCCACGAGGCGGUACCUGCACAAUAGCACUCUCAGAUCCUUCUGAUGAAGUCAUUUCACGUGCUACAUUCCUCUUCCUGCGAAAGGGGUUUGGCGCUUACGAUCUUAUACAGAACAAUUGUGAAAGUUUUGCAAUCUACUGCAAAACUGGUUUGGUUGUCCCACCAGACGCCAAGUUUGGAAGUAGCGGUCAAGCCAAUACGGUGUCUGUAGCAGGCGGGGUGUUAAAGAGAUGCACAACAGCUUCUCUGGUUCCUCUAACACUUGGUACUGUAGUUUUCGCUGGUUUGGUUUUGCAAGGUUAUGGUACGUACUGUUUUGUUCGCAUGAAUUCCGAUGUUGGUGUGAGAAAAGAUGUUUGCAAGAUCCCUGUCGAAGAGCUCGCUACUUUUUAUUCUGAUAACAACAACAAGAAGUCUACUUAG